AUGGGUCCCUCAAUCCCCCGCAAACGGCCCGCCAGCCCGCGCCUCAUCGCAAACCCAUUUAUCAAGAAGAAAAAUCUAGAAUGGACCUUGGAUGCCACUAAUAAAGAAUCUCAAAGCUCUCUGCUAUGUGACGCCACAGCCACUGGGGGUAUCGGCGAAACCCCCGAUCCUAGCUCCUCCGCCCCCGAGCCGAGGCCCACUGCUGCCGCCGUGGAAUCCGGGGCCGCCGUUGUUGAUGAUCACUUGACGCAUUUCUCGGCGCAUCUGGCCCAAUUCGUCACGCGGCGGCCAGAUGAUUACUCUACACCUAGACUCUCCAUUGACGAGUAUGCGGCUCUUUAUCUUGCCAAUGCUGGUUCUGCACAGGGUGCGCACUUUGUCAUUCAUCAACACGACCACCCUAUCGCCGGAACACACUAUGAUCUCCGGUUACAGAUUAACGAGACGAGUAGCGCUAGCUGGGCCAUAAUGUAUGGCUUACCCGGCGAUCCAAACAGUAUGAGACUGAAUCGUAAUGCGACUGAAACGCGCAUCCACUCAUUAUGGAAUCAUUUGAUUGAGACUGCCUCUCCAGACACGGGCUCCCUCAUGAUAUGGGAUACAGGAACGUAUUCCAUUUUGCCUCGUCGAAGCAAACAUGCUCCUGCCCUCGACCCAGACUCUGGCGCGUCCGACGAUGAAACAGCUUCGACGUCAUCACCACCCACCGCCACGCAGCAGUCACUGUUGCAUGCUGCUUUCCAGACUCGAAAAAUAAAGAUACGUCUCCAUGGCACUAAGCUUCCAGAUCCGUAUGUUAUAUACAUGCGCCUCACCAAGACGGAGGAUGCUGCGGGACGCGCCAAAGCCACUCGAACGAAGAAGCCAACACGGCGGCGUCGGCGGGCUGGCAAGUCUGCAGAAACAAAGGAGCCGGAGACGAGUGCUAGUGACUCAAAUGGUGGUGAAGGCUCUGAUGCAGAUAUCGUCCCGGCGACUAAUUCGCAACUUGGCCAACAAGACGCCGCGGCAGUAUCGGCGCUGGAAAGGGAGCUGCGGGAGUUGGAAGACGACGAGGUGCGGCGCACAAACGCAUACAAAGGCGCAAGAAAUUCCAUCGGCAGCAUUCACCAGCGUAAAUGGUACCUGUCUUUGGAGAGAGACCUGUCGGGCUUUCUGCCCACAAAAUCAGAGAGCCAUCGUAAGACCUGGCAACCAAAGGGUGAUGCAACCGGCGGAAGGGCUGGUCUGCGCGGGCUAGAAGUAGGCAAUCGUCUGUCGUAUCCAUUCUAUGUUCGUGGCAGAGACACUGAGCGCAGUGUUGUCACUGGUCGUCUCGGCGCUGAUAUUCUCCGUGACGAAGGCGUCGACGGCUUCUUGCCCAGGAAGGGUUGGAAACCCGUGAUCAAUUAG